UUCUACAUUUCAUAUUGCAAAAUUCCCAUCUUCGAAGUACGGUCUUGAUCGAACAGCAACACACAAUGUCAGCCCUGGACGACCUCAAAGCCCAACAGGCCAAUCUUCAAGGUACGUCCGACUCGAUGCAAAAGAUCAGCAUGGUCGACAACGAAGUUUCCAAGAAAGCCACUCCGGCCGCGGCGAAGAAGCCGGUCGGAGGAACACCCGUCAAGAGACCCUCUGCGCCUGCGAAAUCGUCGGCUCCCGCGAAGAAGCCAGUCUUAGGAACACAAUCGGCGGCGAGCACACCAGCAAAGACGCCCGGCAAGACCCCUUUGAAGGCGCCUGCAGGUGGUCCAACUCCAGCGAAGACGCCCGUAAAGACUCCAGCGAAACAACCGGUCAAAACUCCAGCACCGUCCAAGGAGAGUCCGGCUGCAUCGAAGAAGCCAGCUAGCUCUGCUGCACCUGCAAAGAAGGUAGGAGAGGUCACCUCGGUCCCGGAACGAAGGAAGCCAAUCCCGCCGGAAGUACGAGAACAGAAGAAGAAGCCAGCCGUAGCACCGCAGCAAGCAGCCGGCGGAGCGACAGAUAAGGCCAAUCAGGCCGUUGGGCGGGGAUUGAAGACGGCGAAUAAAGGCGUCGAUGGGGCGGCAAGUGGUGCGAACAAGACUGUCGGCGGCGUGACCGGCACCAUCGACAAGACGACCGGCAAUAAGUCUGCGCCAGUGACAUCUCACGUCAAUAAAGUCACCACCGGCGCGACCAAGACUGGCAGUGACGCCGCGAAGGGCGUCAGUAAUACCGCCACCGGCGCAGCAAGGAACGUUUCCAACACAGCGACGGGUGCCGUUGGAGAUUUGACGAACACCGGUAAAGAGACUGCAGGAGCAAUCGGCAGAGGCGACAUCAAGGGCGUUGGAAAAGGUCUUGCGAAGGGCACGGGCAAGACCGUCAGCGGUGUUGGCCGAGGCGCUGGUGCGACAGUUGGUGGAGUUGGCAAAGGUCUCGACUCUACUGUCUCCGGGCUAGGCAAGAACGUGGGCGACACAGUCGGGGGACCAGUCGGCAAGACUGUCGGCAACGCAACGGACAACCUCGGCAAGACCGUCUCGGGAACGACCUCCGGCUUAGGCAAGACCAUCGGUGAUACCACUGGAGCCAUCGGCCGAGGAGACAUCAGCGGAGUAGCGUCUGGAGCUACGGGUGGAGUUGGUUCGACCGUAGGAGGAGCUGGGAAGGGAGCUGGAGAUACGGUGGAAGGAGUGGGCAAGAGUGUCGGAGGGUACAUCCCUGGACGAGCUGGCGGUGCAGUGGAAGGCUUGACCAAAGGCGUAGGCGACACAGUCACAGGAGUGACAGGCGGCGUAGGCGAAGGUGUCGGCAAAAUAGGGAAGGGGGACGUGAUCGGCGGUAUGUCCAGUGCAUGA